AUGAACUAUACGCAGAAACUCAACAACACAAUGCAGGUAGAGGGCUUCCCAGAACAAUCAUCGGAUUCAAACCCAGCUGACCAGUUCAUGCAUCCUGAUUCCUAUGACAUUGACCGAGUUUGGUUCUUCCUUGUUGGUGUAGUAGGUAGCGUAGUGAGCGUUCUCGGAGCGGUCUUCAAUGUACUCAGCCUGGGAGUGUGGGCCAGCCGGGAGAUGAGGAUGUCUACCGUCAGAGCGAUAGCCGUGACGUCACCUCUCCAGUGGCCGUCCAUCUGCACAGGUCGCCGGGUCAAGGUCAUCCUGUGUGCGGUGUUGCUGUGGUCAGUGUUCGUCAACGUUCCUCUCAUGAUGGAGCUGGACUUUAAGUGGGAGUGGGACCCAGACAACAACGUCUCAGUUCUCUUCUCUGACGGCUCCGAAUAUUCGGCCAGCUCUUUCCACACGGAGGUAUACCUAAAGUUCCUUAACCCCAUCUUGACUUCUGCCAUCCCCAUGGCCGUUGUCGGGAUAACGAACGUGGUCAUCGUGUGGUCACUCAGACGUCAACAGCUGAAGGCUCGCGGCCUGGGCGUCAGUGUGGCGGAGAGAAAGGACAACCGUGAUACAGGGAGGAUUACCUCUCAGGUUUUGUUUAUCUCUCUGUUUACCCUGACGUCCCGCACCUUACGUAUUGUGAUGCUGAUAGUGAUGGAGUACCACGACACGAUCUACAACAACGACUGCCCUCUGUACUGUGGGAGCUUGGCAGCGCUGUCCCAUCUCUUCGACAUCCUCAACGCCACUGUCAAUUUUUUCUGCUACUGUUACUUCGGCCACAAAUUCCGCCGUUGUUUUGUGCAGAAGUACGGUUGCAGUCAGCGGCGUGGACAGGACACAAAGAAGAUCCAGAACGACCCUACCACUACCAGCAACACAAAGGCCAGCUCAUUGCAGUUACAUUUUCAAGAAAAGCUUAGAAACUUGGCGGCUUCUAUUAAAAAAAAUUCUAAUUAA